UUCUUUUAAAAGAAACAGAAUGGAGUAGGCAGAGUUGGGGAGCAAAUUGAAUGUUAUAGUUACCAAGUUCAUUCUAACCGCAUGUACUUCCUUGGGCCAGUGCCCAACAUACACUAAUGAGAGAAAAAUCAUGAAAUGUUAAUGCCCCAGUGAUCAUUUUCAACUUGCUUUGCUCCUUGAAACUGAAAGUUCAACUUGUGAUUUUUAUUUAAACUGAAACCUAAAGGAAGUGUAUUAUAACCCUUUCAAAUUACUUUCAUUUUCACUUGCUCAUACAAAAAAAGGUAUUGAGUAUAUACCAAAGCAAACAGUUCCAGAAGCUAUGGCAGAAAGGAGACAAAUCGUGAACCAGCAAGAGCAGGACAUCGGUCACGCUAUGGAUAGUGGUGGGGGAGCGAGCCAAGAAGCAGAAAGCAACAGCUCCGGAAAUCUGCUCAUUCGGAUUAUGUUACCAAUGCUCGGUCAGGGAAAAGAAAGAAAAAUACAGAUCACUAUUUCUCCAAAUGCCACAGGUCUUCAGUUCUACAAUGAAAUCUCAAAGGAGUUACCAAAUAUUGAUGUCGAAAAUAUGGAAUUAAUAUAUAAAGGGAAGUUUCUGGAUAAGUCCAAAAGCCUGGCUCAACAAAAGUUAAAGAACAAAGGAAUGGUCAUGCUCAAGCUGACAAAUAAGGUUGAACAAGAAAAGACAAUAAACUUGUCCAGAAUUAGGAAGGGAGCAGAAGCAUUGGCAAAACGAGGUGGAGAUUUUGAACACCCUCACUUAAAAAUAGUAAACCACAAGGGGGAAAUUAUUGAGGUUCCUGAGGAGAAACGAGUGAUUAUUCUGACAGCCUUGAUUCUGCAUGAAGCUGGCAAAUCUGAUAUGAAGAAAGGGGCCUAUGAACAAGCAUUUGCAUAUUUAACAUUGGCAGAACUUGAGUUCAGGCAAUGUGAUGAGGUGCAGCUCAACAGCAUUGACAACUAUGGAGUACUGUGUCUAGAUAUGGUUUGGUGUAAUUUUCAGCUGAAGAAAAUGGAGUACCUUAAAAAUGCAAGAGAAAAGUUAGAAAAAGCUCAGGAAUGCUUCAACAAAUGCUUUGGAGAAAAUCAGGAACGACUCAGGGAACUUCAGGAUGACAGUGGGAGACAUCACAUACUGUCCCUUCGGCUCUAUGUGCUGUGGGGGGUGUGGUUUUAUCACAACCAGAUGGAGAAAGAUGCUGUGCAGAACCUAAAUAAGGCAGAGAUACUACUGGAUCGUUUGAGAUUGGAUGAUUCAGACGUGGCUGACCUUGUAAAUCAAGGAUUCACCAUCCGGGAAGCUCGACUUGCCUUACGGGCCACUGAGGGCAACAUCGAGGAUGCCAAGAUGUGCAUUAGAAAAAGAAGGGAGAGAGCUCAACAGCAAAAGAGAGAAGUGGAUGAAAGAAGACAGCGACUGAGCAGACGGGCUACAGAGAGUAGUACUGAUGUACCUGAGGAGAACAGGAGGCCUGAUCAGGGAAACCAGAAUUCACUUUCGAACACAAAAGUGCUAACUGCUGAUGAAAACUCGUCUUCAGCCUCACCAGCCCCUUCCUCUCCACCUACAGAUACCCAAGACAGUUCUGAGGUUGAGGACCUUCAAGAAAUCCUGGCAUUACUGCCUGAGGAUAAUGAUGACUACAUCAAUGUGACCUUGGAGGAUGAGGAAGCUGUCAUCUCUUCCUAUAAGGUCUUGCUCACUAAUAAAGGCAGUGAGCUGUGUGAAGAGGCCCCAUCCACCCCAAAAAAGGGAAAGACUGAGCCAGAGGUUAAUGCUCCCCCAUGACACACUGAGAUCUGAACCAGACCCACAGCAGGCUCCAAUGAGUAGCAUUCCCCCAUUUCCCACCUGCUGUGUGAAAGAGUGCAUUAACACAGCUUAGUGUUGCUUAUGCACAGCCUGCUUAAUCCCUGCUGUGAAAAAUUCCAAUUGCUAUGUGUCACUGAGCCCAGAGAGAACAUUUUUAAUGACUAGCCAACAUGUGCAAGUCCAAAUGUCAUUUAGACCUCACCACAAACAGAGAAGCAUGACCCACCCAAUAACCUGGAUGAACUGCAAACGUGACAAAGGCUGUACCCACACCCCCACAAUCAUUCAGGGGGCAUCAACCUUCAUUUCACUUCAAGAUCACUCCAUUACUUUGCACACUCUAUUUUCUCAGGAACAUGUGACCUCCUGAUUUUACUUACAUGUGGGUGAAAUUCAUGUAAUAAUAAUAUAAGUUUAUUCAUGCCUUCUUGUGAUUUUUGCUAAUUCUCCUCCGGGUCCUCCAUUUGGUGUCAUUCACAAUGUUAGAACUUGCUGAGAUUCCCUCCCUAACAGCAUUGUAUUGACAUCAAAUGGAUUGCUGAAAUUCAAAAUAGUGGCUCCCCAGCAGUUCUUCAAGGGUAACUAAAGAUGAACAAUGAAGGUUGGUUUUGCUACCACUACCACACCCAGCUGAAGAGCGUAAAACAAAAAUACACCACUUCUGGUAUGGCACGGUUGUUCAGUGGUUAGUGCUGCUGCCUCACAGCACCAGGGACCCAGAUUUGAUUCCACCAUGGGGUUACUGUCUGUGUGGA